UUCUGACGUGUAUCGUUUAUGUUUAUCAAUCUAAGAAAUAUGAAUUGAAAGUUAAAUCAAUAAAUUAAAGAAAAUAAUAAUGGAAUACUUUCGAAGUGGUUUAAAAUCAGUCCUAGGGGCCCCUCCUCCUGGAAGUCAACCUACGGGGGCCGAAACAGUAGAAAGACUAGUUAGUAGAGUUAGUACAUCUACUCUUUUAGAAGAUAGAAGAGAUGCUUGCAGAGCACUUAAAGCUCUUUCAAAAAAAUACAGGUUAGAAGUGGGAGCGCAAGGAAUGGACGUUUUAAGACAAGUGUUGGAGUUAGACCGAAGCGACUGUGAAAUAAUCGGUUACUGUUUAGAUACUUUGUGUAACAUAACAUCUAAGGAAGUUUUUGAGGAGGAAAAUGAAAACAACAUUAAUAUGAAAGUAAACGUGGGGGAGCAGUUUACAGAAAUGUUUUUAAAAAAUCCAGAAAAUGUAAGCUUAGUAUUAGGAUUCUUAGAAGAUUAUGAUUUCAGAGUACGGUGGCCAGCGGUUAAGUUGCUUACGUCUAUCAUAGCUUCUAAGCCGAAAGAAAUACAAGACAUAAUUUUGGUAAGCCCUAUGGGUGUUUCUAAACUAAUGGAUUUAUUAUUAGAAAAUCGAGAAGUCAUACGAAAUGAUGCAUUGCUACUACUUAUCAAUCUGACCAAAUCGAAUGCUAACAUUCAGAAAAUAGUAGCGUUUGAAAAUGCUUUUGAUAGACUCUUUGACGUUAUUAGCGAAGAAGGUUGGACAGACGGUGGUAUAGUUGUAGAAGAUUGUUUGUUGCUUAUGCUAAAUCUGUUGAAGAACAACACAAGUAAUAUAAAUUUCUUUAAGGAGGGUUCUUAUAUCCAAAAACUAUCUCCUAUGUUUAUUUUACCUCCCAAUUUAGAAGAGAUAGGCUGGAGCCCUCAAAAAGUAUCAAAUUUCCACUGUGUCCUACAGCUGAUAAGAACUCUAGUGUCUCCAAAUAAUCCCGUACAAAUUAUAACUGCAUGCCAAAAAGCAAUGAGGAAUGCUAAUCUGUUAGAAGCGCUAAGUAAUAUUUUAAUGGCAAGUGGUGUGCCUGCAGAUAUAUUAACGGAAACAAUAAACACUGUUGGAGAAGUCAUCAGGGGUAAUUUAACGAAUCAAGAGUAUUUUGCAGGUGUUUUAGCUCCCUCGAAUCCACCUAGACCAGCCAUAGUUGUACUUUUAAUGUCGAUGGUCAACGAAAAACAACCAUUCGCCCUGCGUUGUGCAGUGUUAUAUUGUUUUGAAUGUUUCUUAUUUAAAAAUGAAAUCGGACAAGAACUUGUGGUUCAAACUCUACUCCCCAGUAACGCAGGCAAUGCUGCCGUCACUACCGGACAAUUAUUGUGUAGUGGUUUGUUUAGUAACGAUCAUUUAAGUAACUGGUUUUCAGCUGUAGCUCUAUCACAUUGUCUUAUAGAGAAUCCUGCACAAAAAGAGCAGUUGCUUAGAGUCCUGUUGGCCACUAAUUUAGGAGCACAACCCGUUAGUUUACUUCAUCAGUGUGCAGUGUUUCUGCAGCAUACCAGUAAGCUACAAGCGAAAUUAGGUAUUUUAAUGUUACUAGCAAACUGGAUGGCACAUUGUCCUCAGGCGGUCAAAAUUUUUUUAAAUGUACCUGGAGCAAUGGCAUUUUUGACGGCACAGACGUCUGCAAGUGAAUAUGAUAAUAACGAGGAAUUGUUACAGAGUCUUUGUGCAUUUAUCAUGGGACUAUGCGUAGCAUUUAAUGACAACUCUGUGCAGAAUUAUUCAAAAGAAAAUCUUUCCCAACUUAUAGAGAAACGUGUAGGCAUAGAAACGUACUGCAACAAACUAGGGGAAAUAUCGAGACAUGAAGUGUAUGCAAAAGCAGCGAAGCAACCUCAAAUCAAGGCCAAACAUUCCAGUGAACUCUUAUUAGAAUUUGAGUUUUGCAAAUUAUUCAAGGCAUUAGAGGGGGUUAUUAUUCAAGCUCUAGGAGUGCAAAGAGAUUUGUCAAAUGGCAUCUCAGAAUUGAGUUUAAGCGUGCAUGAGAACGCUUUGUUGUUACAAUAUAAAGAACUUAUAAGGGACCAGGAUAAAAAGCUGCAGGAUCUUCAGCGUAAUUUUAAUAAUGUGCAAAGGGAAAAAGAACAGCUAGAGAAUCAGACAUCAGAACUUGUACAAAGAAACAAUGAACUCGUGGACCAAAUCACUCUUCUAAAAGCGCAACUAGCUACCCUGGGUGGAACCAGUAAUGGAACCACUACUCCUGCACAAAAUUCAACUGCAUCGCAAACCAACACUGGCGAUUUAUUGGAGAGAAUCAAACAAUUGGAGAAGGAAAAUGAAGAGAAGGAUUUGGAACUUGAAAAAAUUAGGAAAGACCAGGACGAUCUGCUGGAGCUACUGACAGAUCAAGAUUUGAAAUUGAACUCGUUUAAAAGUAGACUACGAGAGCUGGGUGAAACGAUAGAGGAUGCCGAUUCAUACAAUAACUCGGAAUCGGAAAAUGAAUCUUAAUCGUGUGCUUUUAUUUGAUUUAUCAUAUUUUUAAGUUGUCAAAUUAUAUAUUGUACGGUACUGUCAUUGUAUUUAUUACAUAAAUUUUGUGUUACUUUUA